ACCGAGCUCUUUUCACAUUAUUCCGCCUUCAGAGAAAGAUAAGACAGUGAAGGCCACCUCCGCUGCCACUGCCAUCCGUGCGAUUGGCGCCGUGGAGAACAUCUCAGACAUGGGCGUGGCAGCCAUCGAGAUCAAGGCGAAGAAGAACGCCGCCAAGAACGCCCGGAAUGACGCCGUUGACGGUGACGUAGACAAGGGCGGCAUUCAAGUUUCAGCCAAGAAGAAAGUUUCUGCUAAAGAAAAGAAACGCCAAGCAGUCGUUGAAACUAUGAAAGUUUUCUUAAAGAGCCCAUCAGAAGCUCAACCACCGAACAUCACUAUAAACAAAUCUCCGCUCGCACCAGACAGGGUCAACCUAAGCGACGUUUCAGACUUCAUCGGCGUCGAUAGCUCUGCUUCCGAGGGGGCGAGCGGUGAUGCCGGCGGCGCGGAACACGGAACCGUUGCUAUCAAACUGAUAAAACCAGCCGAAAUUAAGAAGCCGUCCGAAGUCGGCAAGGCAGCCUCUCACAACCAGUCUGCACCGGCAGCCGUCAGUGGCUCCUCUGUCAACGGCACGGCAUCCAACGCAUCGUCGCUGGGAAACGCUCGCGUCGGCAACGCGUCGAGUGACAAGGCAGCGCCUGUCAAUUCGUUGCCAGGCAACACGUCGCACGGCAAUACGUCAGUAAAAACUGAGGCGCUCACCGAUUCCUCCUCACCCACGAACAAGAAUUCGGCGAGUCGCGCGUCUGGAGCCAAAGAGGACUUGCCAGCGGACUCACCCACGGCCAAAAAGUCGGCCUCACCGGUCGAUGAAUCUCCGGCGGUUGGAUCGCCUUCUGGCUCGAAGUCCCCGGCAGACGUUGCUGGCAGAAACAAGCUGCCAGAAGCAAAACAACCUACCGCCAGAGGGUCACCGGCAAAGGACGCGACUGGCGCGGUCAACCAAUCCGUUCACCAAGGUUCGCAGACCAACAAAGCCCGGCCUCUCGACGCAUCUGCUGCCAGCGAAAAGUCGGCGGACAAAAGGCCGCCCGUGAACGGACCACCGGCUGGAGCGCCCUCCGGUGCCGAAAAGUCGGCUGCUGCACAGUCAGCAGAAGAGUCAGGUGAUACAGGUUCGGCGGCAAAUAACAAAGGCGAGGCUGCACUCCCGAACCAACCCAUCGAAGAGAAGCACAUCGACAAAACGAAAAACGCGGCUGAGCACGGCGCAGACUCCCUGGCACCCGGUCCGAGCGCCCAAAGACCGCUCUUCUGCGACGUGCGGAAGUCCAUCUUGCGGCCGCUUGCGUCCUACUGCACGCACAUCCUGUUCGGCCGGCUUUCCCUCAAGGAGAGCAAUGGGGCGGUCACGGUUCGAGACUUCGACAGCGCCACGCAAGAGCAACUGCAUCUCGCCUCCGUGUUGCGUCCCGGCUGGCCGCACGUCAGCCUGAUGGCCACGUUAGGUGGAGGUGGUGAGGAUGACAUUGCUAUGGCCAAAGCCUUCGAGGCCGGUGCCGCGACGCUGGACGCGAUGGCCACCGAGGCGGCGAACCUGGUGCGCAAGCGAGGCCUGGACGGUAUCAAUGUGCACUGGACAGUGCCGGACCUCGAAGCGGACAUGGAAGCGUACGCAGCAGGGUUGGUUGACUUCAUCAAGAAUCUGCGGAAGGAGCUCGGUCCGUCGUCCAUCAUCACCAUGGUGUUGCCAAACGAAACAGAGGAGAGGAACGCGGCCUUCAACGUCCAGAAACUUCAGCCGUUGGUCAACUUCCUCUUCGUCAGCACUCACGACGCCUUCAGCCCCAACUCUGCGCUCACGCACUUCAACGGGCCGGCGCAGGACAUCGACACUGGAGGCAUGUUCACCGCCAUCGCGGACGUGAUGAAUCAGCUGAGCGGCAACCAGUCGCGGAAGCUGUGCUUCACGUUCGGCCUGUCCGGCGUGGCCUACAAGGUGGGUGCCGGCGCACCGCUGGCCAAGUACGUGCCCCUGGUUGGAGCAGCCGACCCGAGUGGCGCACAGAGCGCCCCCAACGCUGGCCAGCUGCCGAAGGAAGGACGGCCCAUCACGUACGACGAGGUGUGCAAGUUGAAUCUGACCUGCCACCAGGCGCACGUGGAGAAAAGCUGUUACGACAAAGUGGGGGACACGUGGUACGGCUACGUGGACGAAAAAGCCGUCGCCUCCAAGGCCAAGUGGAUUCUAAAGGACGGCUGGGAGAACCUGUGCGUGGUGGCGUGGAACGUGGACGCGGACGACGUGAAAGGCAGCUGCCGGGGCGACGCGUCGGCGUCCUACCCGCUGCUGCGGAGCCUCAGCCAAGCCACCGCAACCUUGGCCUACUGAGAAGCGGAGGCGCGCGAACUCCCUUGGAGACACAUCAUCAGCCCCAUCUAAUAAAGUGCCCUCAUGCCAU